UUUUAUUUCUCCUAUACUACCUAAUUGGAGUAACCACGCAGGAAUACAGAGACCCCAGGCAUCAUCAAAUUACCUCUGUAAAGUCUCGCCCUAAGACUAUUUUUGGAAACUAGGGAUUUUCCAGAUUAGCGAAAGCUGUGACGUUGUCACUGGCUCAGGCCUGAGUUUCGCAAGCGAAACUGCUAAAGCAGCUGCCCUCCCAGUCAAUACGAAGCCUUCGCCUUACUUCUAAACCCCUGUGAACCACACGCUCAUCGUAGAGGUUUUUGUUUUUUGGGUUUUUUUGAGCCGAAGUAGUUCACAUUCCUGUUUUCUAAAAAUACUGUAAAGCACCUUUCUCCAGAUUCCUUGCGGGUCACUUUAAAUUACAAGUUCGUCCGUACACGACAUCGGAGUAGGCACUUCCACCCGCCAAUGUGGGCGAAGGUCGACGCUUUGUGCUCGCCGAAACUGCGCCACCUAAAUGCGAAAAGUUAGGAGAGGAAGAGACGGGAGCACAGGGACGCACGUUCUAGACAAGUUGUUAACGCGCAGGGGUUACAGUAAAUUUUGCAGACCCGAACUUGGGGAUAAGGUAUCUUGUAAAGCUAUUUUGUUAGCCUCCCUUAUUAUACUUGUGGUUUAAAAUAUUACAAACGAGGCGGCUUGGGCUUGUUUUAGGAAAUAGAUCACCUCCUCGACCACUCUGGAGGCCCAGCGGAGGGGGAACCCAGGACACCCGAGCGUCCCGCCGCUCCCGGGCCAGCGCAGGAUUGAUGCGCCGCGGGCGGAGUCGAGGCCUGAAGGGACUAGUUGGCGCACGCCGGAGGGGCGUGGUGACGUCAGGGCGGAAGCGCACGCUGCGUGAAACGGCCCAGAACCCGGCGGUCACGGGAAUAUCCGUAGCGCCGAGGACGCUGGUUAGUCUCUCUCCGGGUUCCGGCUGCGUCGGGCGUGCGUGCAGCUCGCUGAGACCAUGGCGUCCGGGCCUCACCCCACCGCGACCGCUGCCGCCGCCGCCGCCUCGUCGGCCGCCCCGAGCGCGGGCGGCUCCAGCUCCGGCACGACCACCACGACGACGACCACGACGGGAGGGAUCCUAAUCGGCGACCGCCUGUACUCGGAAGUUUCGCUCACCAUCGACCACUCGCUGAUUCCGGAGGAGCGGCUCUCGCCCACCCCGUCCAUGCAGGACGGGCUCGACCUGCCCAGCGAGACGGACUUGCGCAUCCUGGGCUGCGAGCUCAUCCAGGCCGCCGGCAUUCUCCUUCGACUGCCGCAGGUGGCGAUGGCAACGGGGCAGGUGUUGUUUCAUCGUUUUUUCUAUUCCAAAUCUUUCGUCAAGCACAGUUUCGAGAUUGUUGCCAUGGCAUGUAUUAAUCUUGCAUCAAAAAUCGAAGAAGCACCUAGAAGAAUAAGAGAUGUGAUUAAUGUAUUUCACCAUCUACGCCAGUUAAGAGGAAAAAGGACUCCAAGCCCCCUGAUCCUUGAUCAGAACUACAUUAACACCAAAAAUCAAGUUAUCAAGGCAGAGAGGAGGGUGCUAAAGGAGUUGGGAUUUUGUGUUCAUGUCAAGCAUCCCCAUAAGAUCAUUGUUAUGUAUUUACAAGUCUUAGAAUGUGAACGUAAUCAAACCCUGGUUCAAACUGCCUGGAAUUAUAUGAAUGACAGUCUUCGAACCAAUGUAUUUGUUCGAUUUCAACCAGAGACUAUAGCAUGUGCUUGCAUCUACCUUGCAGCUAGAGCUCUUCAGAUUCCAUUGCCAACUCGUCCCCAUUGGUUUCUUCUUUUUGGUACUACCGAAGAGGAUAUCCAGGAAAUCUGCAUAGAAACGCUCAGGCUUUAUACCAGAAAAAAGCCAAACUAUGAAUUGCUGGAAAAAGAAGUAGAGAAAAGAAAAGUGGCCUUACAAGAAGCCAAAUUAAAAGCAAAGGGAUUGAAUCCCGAUGGAACUCCAGCCCUUUCAACCCUUGGUGGAUUCUCUCCAGCCUCUAAACCAUCAUCACCAAGAGAAGUAAAAGCUGAAGAGAAGUCGCCGAUCUCCGUUAAUGUGAAGACAGUCAAAAAAGAACCUGAGGAUAGACAACAGGCUUCCAAAAGCCCUUAUAAUGGUGUAAGAAAAGACAGCAAAAGAAGUAGAAAUAGCAGAAGUGCAAGUCGAUCAAGGUCAAGAACACGAUCACGUUCUAGAUCACACACUCCAAGAAGACAUUAUAAUAAUAGGCGGAGUCGAUCUGGAACAUACAGCUCGAGAUCAAGAAGCAGGUCCCGCAGUCACAGUGAAAGCCCAAGAAGACAUCAUAAUCAUGGUUCUCCUCACCUUAAAGCCAAGCAUACCAGAGAUGAUUUAAAAAGUUCAAAUAGACAUGGUCAUAAAAGGAAAAAGUCUCGUUCUCGAUCUCAGAGCAAGUCUCGGGAUCAUUCAGACGCUGUCAAGAAACACAGGCAUGAAAGGGGACACCAUAGGGACAGGCGUGAAAGAUCUCGCUCCUUUGAGAGGUCUCAUAAAGGCAAGCACCAUGGUGGCAGUCGCUCAGGACAUGGCAGGCACAGGCGCUGAAUUUCUUCCUUUGAGCCUGCAUCAACUUUUGAUUUUGGCUAUCUACAGUGUGAUGUAUGGACUCAUAAUUGAAACAAACAAUUAAAAGCAAACUGAUUAGGAUUUGAUUUCUUAAAAUUCUCUAGGUCUCUAGAAACACUGAGGACAUUUUCUUUUGAAAAGAACUAUGUUUGUUUCUUUUUUGUUUGUUUUUUUUUUGCACAUAAAAUGCCCUAGCAGUAUCUAAUUGAAAACCAUGGUCAGGUUCAAUUGUAAUUAUUAUACUUGUGUAUUGUUUAUUGCUAUAAGAACUGGAGCGUGAAUUCUGUAAAAAUGUAUCUUAUUUUUAUACAGAUGAAAUUGCAGACACUGUUCUAUUUAAGUGGUUAUUUGUUUAAAUGAUGGUGAAUACUUUCUUAACACUGGUUCGUCUGCAUGUGUAAAGAUUUUUACAAGGAAAUAAAAUACAAAUCUUGUUUUUCUAAA